GAUGACACAAAAUUUGUAUGGGACGAUUAUUUGGAAUCUUGCCAGGCAAUUGCUGCUCCAUCUGCUUUAUUCAAACAUGUUGAAUGCAGCUUGCAAAAUGGCUUGAAGAAAGGUAUGGUUGUAGAAGUAGCAAACAAAAACCCUGCUGGAACCUUUUGGGUUUCUAUAAUUGUGAUGUCGUGUGGACAGCUGCUAAUGCUGAAACCAGCUUGUUGCAAUGAUGAUGACUCAUCUUUUAACUUCUGGUGUGACAUGUCAACGUGCGACGUCAAACAAACUGGUUGGUGUCGUAACACUGGAAAUGUACUUGCACCGCCUGCUGAUUUGAUAGACAAAAUACCUAAAGAUUAUCAGCCAUUGUUAGAAAAACUUGUUAAUGAAUCUCAAACUCCUUCUCUGCAAAUGCUUGAACAGAAAACAGGCUACCUGCCAUUUGACCAGAUUGAGAUAGGAAUGUACUUUGAAGUUCAGCACCAGUUGGAGCCUCUCAGCAUCUGGUUUGUUCAGGUGGUUCAGAACCUCGGGGGUCGCCUGCUUCUGCACUACAGCUGCGACCACGAUCACGAUAAUGACUUUUGGUUGUUUUACACUGAUCUUCGAUUACAUCCGAUUGGCUGGUGCAGGAGUGAUGACGGCAACAAUGGUCGAAUGUUCGCCCCACCUAAAUAUUUGAUUGACAAGUACCCAACCACCAACUGGUUGCAUGAGCAGGAGGAAUGUUACAAAGUGGCUCUCAACAAGUGCUCGCCAUUGGAUGUUUUCAAGGACCAGGAUGCAAUAGAGGAGCAUGGGUUCGAGGAAGGCUGGAGGUUGGAGAUGCUUGAUGAGGAAAGCUCGACCUUCCAUGUGGCUCACGUGGCUCAAGUUGUCAAUAAAAACUAUUUCAUCAUUCAGUCUGAUGUGUUUGAGGUAUCUGCUACAACUGACGCCCUUAAAUGUUGCCACUUUGCAUCUACCAACAUCUUUCCAAUGAAUUGGUGCAAGGAGAAUGGAUUCAAGCUGCAACCUAUCCCUGGUCAGUCUGGAGAGUUUGAUUGGGAUGACUACUUGCAACAAAUUGCAGGCACACCUGCAUCUCCUGAUUGUUUCUUCCAACCAGUGGAAGAGGAUUUGAGAUUUGAAGAAGGCAUGAAGUUGGAAGUGGUCAACCCAAACAAAAACAACCAGCUCUGUGCAGCUACCAUUGAUAAGGUCAAAUGUCACCUGCUCUCCAUCAAGCUGGAUCACACUCCCUCCGUUGCCAGGAUCUUACCCUGGGACUCGCAUGAGAUAUUCCCAAUAGGUUGGUGUGAGAGCAACAACUACCCACUGAAGGCUCCCACAAGGAAGACGCUACCCAGCAAGGAUGUCAACUCGGAAAGUUCUUUCAAGAACGAAUUGGAAGGUUACCAUUGGUGUUCAAAGAUUUACUUCAACACCACAUGUUACAGUGGACCAUACCUUCAUAAAAGCCGCCUGAAUGUCCUUCCAAAAUCUGUCGGACCAGGACCAGUAAUCAACGUCAUGAUCACAGUUCUCACAAAGCUGAUUGGCUGUGCUUAUAAAUCGAGUCGUGUCCUGCGCGAAUUGCAAUUGGAAGGACCCGCAAAGUCGAACAUGCAUCACCAAGUGCUGAGAACCAGGUAUAAAAUGAAGAACUACAGUGCCACUGUUGAUAUUUGCAUGCGCAGUAAUCAGAUUGAUUCCUACUGUCGAGACGUUUGUAGGCGUCUGCUGUGUUGCCCCAAUCUAAUUUCUACUCAUCUCUACCCACUUACAUGUCCUGAAAACUGUCUUAAACUUGCAAGAUCCAAACAUUACCAUCAUUUUGGCGAGAAGAAAAGAAAAAUUGGUCGUCCCCGUGGGGGCCACUCAAACAUUGAAGGCGAUGUUGAUGAGACUACCAAGAAGCCUAAAGAAAUUCUCAGGAAGAUCAAAUUGAUUUUUAAUCAAGAACAGAUAGGAGAGGAUAGAAGUUACAUCGUGUGUGGAGGGGAUGUAGAGAGUAGCUGUGGCGAUCGUAGUGACGACGUCAGCGUUGAUGGAGAGAUGGGUGUUGAUGAAGACAGCAGGUCGUCGUCAGCAGCUAGUUGGGCUGGUAGAAGUCAGAGAAAAAGAAGCAAGAAGUCUACUUUCAUUGAUGAUGGAGAUUGGCUGGAUGAGAGAAAGUUGAAAAGGAAGAAAAAUGAAGUAAAAAAUUAUGAUACCAACGCCUCUGAAAAUAUUGUUAGGAGUACAAACAAACAAAAAGACUCUUCUUUGAAGUUGUUGACUAAUCCAGAGAAAUGGGAUGUAAUGGAUGUUGUUGAAUACAUCAAAACCACUGAUUGCUCUAAAUUUGCUCGCAUAUUCAAAGAACAGGAAAUCGACGGAAGGUCAUUGCUUUUGUUAGACUUACCUACUGUUCAAUUCACCAUCGAACCCAAACUGGGACCAGCGGUCAAACUUUGUGACCUUGUGGAAAAUAUCAAGGGUGCUUAUUUCAAACAGUUUUCGUCAGUGAUCACUGUUUGA